AUGGCUUCCUCGUCGGAGAAGAGGGAAGUCGUGUCAAAAGCAGCAGCGGCAACAAAACUGUACGUAUAUUUAGAGCAUGCAAUUGGAAGCGGGCCAUUAAUAUAUUCUUUGUUUGAGAUUGCUCUACCAAAGUCUCUCCCCCGUCCUCCUACUGCUGCACCCCCAGUUAAAGUGAAGCCACUUCCAAACCCAAAUCCAAUCCUCCAACUUAAAUUGGGAGAAUACCCUCGCUACAUGUGUUGCGUUCAAUUGGGCUCAGAAUUUUACUUAUUUGGCCGCAAAUACGAUGAUUUGGAUUUGUGUGAUGAUGGUGAUAUUGAUGAAGAAAUUAAGAAAAAGUACUCCAAUGUAACACGGGAUGAUUAUCCACGAGAUGUCUAUAUUUUUGACCCCACCACAACAGCUGCCGCCGAUGCCGAUGAUGAUAAGUUGAUGAAAGCAAUGAUGAUGAACACUGGAAAGUCUAAACCUGUGGCCUUUGUGGUUGAUGAGAAGAUUUACGUGCUUGGAAGCACUUUCACAUUCCAAGGCGACAACAAGAUAAAAAACUUAGCGGAAAAGGAAGCCAUAAAAGAGCAAGCUUUGUUUGAGAUGUAUGAUCCUUCAGAUGAUAAGUGGACUGUGUUGCCAAAUCCCCCUCCCAUUAUUUGUGACAUUGAGAAUAAAAAGACUGAAUGGGUUGGGCAUGCUGUUGAUUUUGAGGAGGCAAGGAAAAGGGUUCUCCUUUUAGCCAGGCAGGGCCUUUAUAGCUGUCUUUACAGUUUUGAUCUUGAUGGUGGCCAAUGGAUAAAAUGCCUAACACUCCCUGGCUGCCCUGCUAAUACUUUCAUUGGCAGGUGUGAGCUUGUCGGGGGUUUCCUUUAUGGACAUUCUUACGAAACUGUAGCUGCAUUUAAAGUCCCAUUAGCUGCUGCUGCUGCUGCUGCUGUUGGCAACGAGAAUUUAGAUGAUGAUGAAGAAAUAAAAGAAAAAAUAAAAAAUAGUCCAGAAAAGAGGACAUUGUGGGAGAUGACAUUGGCUGAAAAGUGCCCUUUUUAUCAUGCCUCUAAGGAGAUGGGUAUGGAUGCUAUCUAUAUAUUUCCUCAACAGUUGUACUCCUCCUCAAGCUUACUUCACUUGGGGAAUGGAUUCUUUUGUUUUGUCUUGUCUGGCAUGCCUCCCCAUCCCUAUAUUAGCAUCGAUCAAGGUGCUGUCGAAGAUUAUAAAAAACGUGUCAUUAGCAUCGUAAUUUUUCAGAACCCACACGUAGGGGAUGAUCAAACUGAAGAAAAAUAUUUCAAGGCAAAAUUCGUGCAUUCCGCCCACUAUGUCAUCAAUUCCCCCUACCCAAUUGAUGGUAGAAUCCGCGGCUGCUUCUCUCUUGGCCAGGUGUUUGACUUUGGAGAUGGGAGUUGCCCCACCUGUGCUGAGCAUGCAAACAGUGAUGAUGAGACGCAGGCUGUCUCUGAAAUCAUCAAGCAACGUGACAUGCUCAAUCAAGAUUGCAUAUUUGCACAGACUGAGAUAGCCUCUCUUAGAAAGGCUUGGGAUCUCUUGCAAGAGGAGAGACAGAGCGCAGAGCGUCUCCUGCAGGAGGAGAGACAAAGCGCAGAGCGCCGCCUGCAAGAUCUUCAAAGAGAGCAUGAGAUGGCUUUACACUCAUUGAGGAUGGAUAUUAGCAGGCUGACCAUUGAACGAGAUCAUUACAAGUCAAGCUUUCAAGCUAUUGCUGAUCCUGUUGAGCCUGAAUCGAUUAAAUCGUCUUCUCAACCUACUAAGCCACUAGCCAGCAAUCUUUCUGGAGAUACCAGUGAUAUGAUGGAGACCCUGCAUUUGUCUUAGAUGCCAUCUGACCCAAUGACGGGGAUUUCUUUUUGUUUUGUUAAAUUGAUAGUAUUUGAUGUCCAGAAAUUUCAA